AUGGAGUCUACGACGGAAGUAGACUGGACAAUUCUUGACUGGGAGCGUAUUGGAGAUGAACUUCAUCUGCAGACAAACAGAACGUCUGAAAGACUCAACCAGAUAGACCGCGUUCGCGCAAAUGGGAUUGGUGACCAUGUCGCUCUUCCACAGCUCGUGGUAUGCGGCGAUCAAUCAGCCGGGAAGAGCUCGGUGUUGGAAGGUAUCACUGGGAUCCCAUUCCCUCGACAAGACGGUCUUUGUACGAGAUUCGCAACUGAGAUCAUUCUCCGCCACGAUUCAAAGGAGCAGCGCGCCGUGGCCACGAUUAUACCUCAUGCUUCUCGUACCAUCGAGGAUAAAACUCGACUCAGCGCAUUUCGCCAUCAGAUACGAGAGUUCACAGAGCUACCUAGUAUCAUUGAGGUGGCGGCAACUUUGAUGGGCGUUCGAGGGCACAGUGCAGACACCGAUGCUCCAGCUUUCUCCGCCGAUGUUCUACGGUUAGAACUUGUAGGCAGAACAGGUCUACAUUUGACAGUCGUCGACUUACCGGGAUUGAUUUCAGUGUCCGACGUCGAAGACGAUGUCCAAAUUGUUGCGAAUCUAGUAGAUUCGUACCUCGAGAACUCGCGAACCAUUAUCUUAGCCGUGGUUCCUGCAAGUAGCGAUAUCGAUACUCAAGGGAUCAUACAGCGUGCUCGUCACUUUGACAAGGAAGGCCACCGAACAGUUGGAAUCAUUACCAAACCCGACCUUAUCAACAUAGGUACAGAAUCUCGUGUUGCGCGGUUGGCGAACAACUCAGAUACAACAAGACUAAAUUUGGGCUUUUUCCUGAUCAAAAACCCAUCGCCUGCAGAGUUAGAAAACGGUUCUUCCUUGGCGGAUCGUCGAAGAUCAGAGUUAGUCUUUUUCGAGACCGGUCCUUGGAAGAGGCAAAAGCUCAAUCGAUCCCGCAUUGGUAUAGACAAUCUGAGGAAUUUCUUGCAAGAUCUCUUGGACAGCCAUAUCGAACGAGAAUUACCUACAGUGCGAGAAGACGUACGACGUCUGCUCAAUGAGGUCAAUGAUAAUCUUAGUGACCUUGGUACAGAGCGCUCGUCACCAAGUCAGAUUAGGGUAUACCUAACGCGAAUCAGCAGCGAUUUUCACAGUCUAGUGAAAUCGGGUGUUGAAGGAACCUAUGCUGGUCGGGACGAAGAGUUCUUUCGUGUGUCCGGCGACGAUAUAUCCGUUCGACUCCGCGCAGCCAUUCACAUGAAGAACGAGGAGUUUGCCACGUACAUGAGACGGAAUAGCGAGAAACGAAAAGUGGUGGACGAGGAAGAAAUGGAAUCGACGAACGGUGAAGAGGGUCAGAUACUCCUGACCGCUGACGAUAUGAUGUCGUGGAUUCGCCAAAUAUAUCACGAAACCAGAGGGCGAGAAUUGCCUGGCCAUCACAAUUACUCCUUGCUAACUGAGUUGUUUCAUGCUCAAUCAGAGAGAUGGGGCAGUAUCAGUCGGCAACAUUUAUGUGCUGUAGUGUCUCUGGUGUCUCGCUUCAUCCACGCCGGAUUGGCAUUCAUUGUCAAAGAUCCUGACGUCCGAAAAAACAUAACAGAAAGCAUUAAGAAUAUGCUUUAUCAACAUGCCCAGAAAGCCUAUGAAGAGCUGGAACAGUUGCUUCAAGAUGAAGCCCGCCAUCCGAUUACGUAUAACCACUAUUAUACAGACAACAUUCAGAAGGCACGACUUGACCGCUCUAAGCAAGAUUUGAAGGAUUCAAUGGAUUCAGCGAUUCACGAGGACUGGAAUGACAAAUUCCACGUGAGUAACUCGCAAGUUGAGAUCAAGAAGCUCUUGAACUCUCUUCAAAAUCGUGUUAUUGUCGAUAUGACCGAAAGAGCUUGUGCAGAUGCACGUACCGAUCUGGCUGCUUACUACAAGGUUGCCAUGAAAACAUUUGUCGACAAUGUUUGUCGACAAGUUAUUGAACGACAUAUACUCGCUAAGCUUCCAAAUGUAUUUGAUCCGAUCACCGUCAGUGCCUACACUGACGAUGACUUGGUUCGAUUGGCCGCCGAAUCACAUCAGACCCGCAUCCGUAGAAACGAGGCCCUCCAGCUUCGAGAAGCUCUCGAGCGAAGUCUCCGAGAUCUUGGGGCUUGA